UGAGCACAGUGCGCUCAGUGUGUGAGAGGAUGUUGGCCAUACAUGUCUUGAGCGGGUCCGGUGAGUCGCUCUGCUCCAUAUGAGGCCUGUGUGUGAACCAGCAGCAUGUAAAAUGGCGACUGCGGAGCCGGAAGUCAUCUCGAAUCUAACUAAGAGUGAAGAGGAGAACUCUGAGGAGACAGGCCAGGAGAUUGUCAGCCCUGAUUGCUAUAUCAAACAUCCACUACAGAACAGAUGGUCUUUAUGGUUCUUCAAAAACGACAAGAGCAAAACAUGGCAAGCAAACCUGCGGCUGAUUUCUAAGUUUGACACAGUAGAGGAUUUUUGGGCGCUUUAUAAUCACAUUCAGCUCUCCAGUAAUUUGAUGUCUGGUUGUGACUACUCACUGUUUAAGGAUGGUAUUGAGCCAAUGUGGGAGGAUGAAAGGAAUAAGAAAGGAGGCCGCUGGCUAAUCACACUCAACAAGCAGCAGAGGAAACUUGACCUGGACCGUUUUUGGCUGGAGACUCUGCUUUGCCUCAUAGGAGAGGCCUUCGAUGACUACAGCGAUGAUGUGUGUGGUGCUGUAGUCAAUGUCCGAACAAAAGGAGACAAAAUUGCUGUCUGGACAACUGACUAUGAGAACAGAGAUGGUAUAACGCACAUAGGGAGGGUGUAUAAGGAGCGAUUAGGCAUCCCUAUGAAAAUGACCAUUGGCUAUCAGUCUCACGCAGACACAGCCACUAAGAGUGGCUCAACUACCAAGAACAAGUUUGUGGUCUGAUAUUCUGAACCUGAUUGUUCUCUCUCUCUCUCUUUCUUUUUCUCUCUCUUACACACUCUCCCACUCUCUGAUGCUCAUUGACUCUGUUCUUGGGUUUGUGUAUUAAAUCCAACCCUAAACCAAAGCUACACAUUAACAGAGUUGAUCUAAAAUUAUAAUGAACAACUAAGACUUGUUCAAAUCCCAAUAGGGGAUCCAUUCACACCUCAACCCACACAAACCUAUAAGGAAUUCAGCUCUCAUAGGAACCACCAGCAUUUAAACACUACACAUUCACCCAAGUCCAAGGACAAAGGUUCAUAAUGAUACAGAUUCAAAGUGUAACAAAAGUUUGAACAUAAUUCCAGUCUUGUGAAAAAGACUGAAACUAGGUCACAACCUAUGUUAAUUAGGUAAUGGAGAUUGUAAGAUAUUUGAUCUGUUCUUUUUAAAAACAAAAAACAAGUCUGUGUCGAAUAAUUUAACCGCUGAGGGAAAAAAACGCCUGUGUGCUCUUAUCCAGCAGCCUCGCUGCAGUAGUGCCUAAUGAACAUAAACCUUUUAAUUUAUUCAGAUUUAUCCUAACAUUUCAUUUAGGUGGUUUAAGACCACUGAAUGCAUGUAAUCAAACAAAUCUUCAUAAGGCUGCCUUAUUUUUUUCAGCAUUAAUGUUAUUAAAUUUGGGGUUUUGCAAUUCAAUAUGUGUUUUUUAUAUAUAUUAUAUAUAUUUUUUGUGUUUUUUGAUGAAACUGAGGUUUACAUUCCGUGUCCGAAUGUUAAAAUAUAGGACUUUAAUGAUGCUGUAAUAGAUAACAUGUUCUUGUCUGAAUGUAAUUGGCUUCAAUUUGAUUCAACUUAGGCACAGUAUUAUUACUAGGUCCUUAAAUAAAACAGUUUUAUGAGAA